AUGAGGGAGACCCACAACGCCGCCGGCCUGCGAACCACUGGCACAAGCACCUCCCACGUGGCGACGACGCCACACCACGUAGGACCACCAACCUCACCGCCGGCAGGAGCCGACGCCCGCCGCGACGAGCAACCAACAACAACCAGCAGAUCACCACCCGCAGAGGAAGAAGCAGGGGAGAGGGGCCGCCACCCCGCUCACCCUCGCCGGACAGCAGCUGUGAGCCGCCGUCGACGCCGCCACAUCUGGGAGGAGCCAGAGCUCCGCCCGCCGCCGCGCUGCUUCGAACCACCGGGGGUGCAGAUGGGGGCGCCGAGCCAGGCCGCCGGCCGACCAGGCCGAGCCAGCGACCCGGAGCAAGCCCGGGCAGGCCCGCAGGAGCCCAUCCGGGCCCGGUGCACGCGCCGCCAAGCCCCGCCGCGCCCCGCUGCACCACCUCCGCCCCCGACCUCGACCUGGCCACGGACCACCGGCCGCCCGCAGCCCCACCGGCGCCCAGCCACCGGCCCACCGCGCCCGCCGCACAUCGCCGCGCCCGGGCGAGCUCCUUCUCGCCAGGGGACGCGGGAGCCGGAAAAGUACUCUGUCUUUGCUUUGCUUUUCCUCUGCUUGAAAACAUGCUUUCACCGGAGGGAUUCUGACCAUCGUAUGCGUGUGUCGACGGGGAGAAGGGAGAUGAUCGUAGCUCUUGUUGUGCCAACAAAACCCUCAAAGGAUGAGAUCUCCGCCAUAGCACUCAGCUGCAUCAUGGUACACUAUGUAUACUGA